AUGGGAAAGAAAAUCAUUGAGGACAGCACCAAGGAGCUCCCCCUGACCAAGGACGCUAAGGUUAGGGAGAACCGAGUCAGCCGAUGCCCGAUGUCAGCAAUGCUCAAGAACUACCAGGAUAGUUCCAGCCACAAGGAUGUACUCUACCACAGAGCUGUUAAGAAUCAGCUCUGCAAACCCAAAAUGUGCGAGGGCUCAAUUAUGAACCCCAAGUCUUUGAUGCGUAGUUUACCAGCUACCCCACUUUCACCCAACGAGCUCCUCACACAGGCCAUCGACUUUAUCAACCAGUACUACAAAUCCUUCAAGAUCUCUAAAAUUGAGGAACACUUGGCCCGGGUUAAUGAAGUGGCCCAAGAGAUUGAGGACACCGGAUCCUAUCAUCUGACCACUGAGGAACUGGCAUUUGGGGCCAAACAGGCGUGGAGGAAUGCACCCAGGUGCAUUGGCAGGAUUCAGUGGUCAAAUUUACAGGUGUUUGAUGCUCGUAAAUGCAGGACGACCAAGGAAAUGUUUCAGUUCCUGUGCACCCACAUUAAAUUUGCCUCAAACGGAGGAAAUCUAAGGUCAGCCAUUACUAUUUUCCCUCAAAGAACUGAUGGCCAGCAUGAUUUCCGUGUUUGGAACGGUCAGCUUAUAAAAUACGCUGGCUAUCAGAUGGACGAUGGCAAUGUUGUAGGAGACCCUUCUAAUGUGGAGUUUACUGAGAUUUGUAUCCAGCUUGGAUGGAAACCAAAGUACGGCCUUUUUGAUGUGCUGCCACUGGUCCUGCAGGCUAACGGGGAGGAUCCUGAACUAUUUGAAAUUCCCCCAGAGCUGAUUUUGGAAGUUGAAAUGGAGCAUCCUGAGUAUGAGUGGUUCAAAGAUCUGAACCUCAGAUGGUAUGCACUUCCCGCUGUGGCCAACAUGUUACUUGAAAUUGGAGGUGUGGAGUUUACCGCAUGCCCCUUUAAUGGCUGGUAUAUGGGCACUGAAAUUGGUGUAAGAGACUUCUGUGAUACUCACCGCUACAAUAUCCUGGAGAGGGUUGGUCACUGUAUGGGACUGGAAACAAGCAGGUUGUCAUCACUGUGGAAGGACCAGGCUCUGGUGGCCAUCAAUGUGGCUGUGAUUCACAGUUUUCAGAAAAACAAGGUGACAAUCACAGACCACCACUCUGCUGCUGAGUCCUUCAUGAAGCACAUGGAGACUGAAGUGCGUUUGCGUGGUGGCUGCCCUGCUGACUGGGUCUGGCUGGUUCCUCCAAUGUCUGGCUCUCUGACCCCUGUGUUUCACCAGGAGAUGAUCAGCUACAUCCUCUCCCCCUUCUACUACUACCAGCCUGACCCCUGGGUGACACACAUAUGGAAAGACGAGACAAAAUGUCUGAAGAAGCGAAAAAAUAUCAGUUUCAAGGCACUUGCAAAGGCAGUGGUCUUUUCUCAAAUGCUAAUGCAAACCACUUUAAAGAAGAGAGUGCCUUGUACCAUUCUCUAUGCUACUGAAACUGGGAAAUCGCAGACCUUUGCCAAGAAGCUUCAAUCUAUACUUUGCUCUGCAUUUAACCCCAGGCUGCUUUGCAUGGAAGACUACAAUUUCAGUGACCUUGAGAAAGAGCAGCUUAUGAUGGUGGUAACCAGCACAUUUGGUAACGGAGAUUCUCCAGGAAAUGGAGAGAGCUUCAAAAAGCAGCUUAUGGGUUUGAAAAAGCUGAGAAACAACAUCAGGUACUGUGUGUUUGGACUUGGCUCUCGCAUGUACCCCCAGUUUUGUGCUUUUGCCCAUUACGUGGAUGACAAGCUUGCAGACCUGGGAGCAAAGCAGUUGACUACCACUGGAGAAGGAGAUGAGCUAAAUGGGCAGGAAGAGGCUUUCUCUGCUUGGGCUUGUACUGCAUUCAAGGCUGCAUGUGAGGAGUUUGGCAUCAAGGGCAAGAUCUCAUCUGAUAGUCUUACACAAAACUGGGAACCUCUGAGGCACAGAGUGAAGCCUGACAGUGGAACCCUAGACCACAUCGCAGCUCUGUCAACGGUCCACUCUAAAACCGUGUUUCCCAUGAAGCUGAAGAGAAGGGAGAAUCUACAAAGUGUUCAGUCAAGUCAAUCUACUAUACUGGUAGAACUGGAGGUGAAUGGUGGAAAAGAGGUUCUAAGUUAUGCUCCAGGUGAUCAUGUGGGUGUUUUCCCAGGGAAUCCACCUGAGCUGGUCACUGGCAUUUUGAAGCACAUUUCAAAUGCCCCACCCACCAGUCAGAGUGUCCGACUUGAGUACCUCCCAGAGUCCAGCACUGGGGAUGAUGGAUGGCAAACAGAUUCUCGAAUCCCGGCUUGCUCUCUAAACCAGGCUCUUACAUACCUCCUGGAUAUCACCACUCCACCUUCCCAAGGCUUUCUGCGCAAGCUUGCCCAAUUGACCAAUAAGGAAGAAGACCAAAAGCGGCUGCUAGCACUGGCAUCGGACUUCAAGUGUUAUUCAGAAUGGAAAGAAUACAACAAGCCAAACUUCCUAGAGAUUCUGGAGGAGUUUUCCUCACUGGAGCUCUCUGCAGCCUUUCUUCUCAGCCAGUUGCCCCUGCUGAAGCCUCGUCUCUAUUCAGUCAGCUCCUCUCCAAAUCUACAUCCCAAUGAGCUUCACCUCACCGUGUCUGUGGUCACCUACCGCACCCAAGAUGGAAGAGGUCCUCUGCAUAAUGGUGUCUGUAGCACGUGGCUCAACACCCUUAUAGAAGGACAGGCUGUUCCCUGCUUUAUUCAUGGAUCCCCUGGCUUUCACCUUCCACCAGAUCCCACCACACCCACUAUCCUCAUUGGAGCAGGCAGUGGCAUAGCUCCCUUCCGCAGCUUCUGGCACCAGCGCAUCCAUGACAUGAAAAAGACAGGUCUGAAAAAGUGCCCAAUGAUGCUGGUGUUUGGGUGUCGACGUGCAGAUACAGAUUAUCUGUACAAAGAGGAGAUAUUAACCAUGAGACAAAAUGGCACUCUGAAGAGCGUCACCUCAGCAUUUUCUCGCCAGCCGGGUCAGCCCAAGGUGUAUGUUCAAGACGUUCUUGAGAAGCAGCUGAAUGAAGAGGUUUUCCAGGUCUUGAACCAAAAUGCCGGUCAUAUCUAUGUGUGCGGGAGCAUUAACAUGGCCCGAGAUGUAGCAAAUGCAAUAAAGCAGAUCCUGGUUAGCAAUCUGGGUAUAACGCUCAGCCUGGCUGAAAACUAUAUGGAACAGCUGAAGGCUGACAAGAGGUACCAUGAGGACAUCUUUGGAGCAUAGUUUUACUAUGAGACCUGUAACCGACAAUCUGAGGCAGAUCAUGGUGUGGC